AUGUCAAAUAACAUUAUGAAAUCAGUGGAACAGUCCUCUACGAUACAUCAAAAAUAUGACCCACAGCAAAUCUCUGAUAGAACAUUUUUCGUGGAUGGUUCUAAUCAGAACCUGGCUACCAUUCCAUCGGAGAUUUUAGAAUUAAAAGACUUGGAAGAAGUGCAUCUGGAAAAUAACCAGAUUGAAGAAAUCCCUCCGGAUAUUCAGUAUCUAAAGAAUGUCAAAAUCCUCUACCUGAACAAGAACAAGCUGAGCAGGCUGUGUCCCCAGCUGACUGGCCUGGGGAACCUGGAGGGCCUGGACCUGAGCGACAACCCCCUCCUCCCCUCCUCUCUGCUGGUCCUCUGCAGCCUCCGCAAGCUGCGCCAGCUCCGCCUCUACCGCACCCACCUGCGGGAGGUCCCCGUCCAGAUCUGUAAGCAUCUUCACCACCUCGAGCUGCUCGGACUGUCCGGAAACAACCUGACAUCGCUGCCCAAGGAAAUCGUGAACCAGACCAAACUGAGGGAGAUCUACCUGAAGCAAAACCAGCUGGAAGCUUUCCCGCCGGAGCUCUGCGUCCUCUACAACCUGGAGAUCAUUGACCUGGAUGAGAACAAACUAACGGCCAUCCCAGAAGAGAUCGGGAACCUGAACAGGCUGUGGAAGCUCUACGCGGCUGGGAACGACCUGCACUUUCUGCCCGAGUCCCUGUGCCAGUGCAGCCAACUGUCGGUGCUGGACUUGUCCCACAACCGGCUGCACUCCAUCCCGCGCACCCUGGAGGAGCUCUCGGAGAUGACGGAGCUGGGGCUGAGCGGGAACCCCCUGGAGAAGGUGCCGCGCCUCGUCUGCAGGUGGACCUCGCUGCACCUGCUCUACCUGAGCAACACCGGCCUGCGGGCGCUGCGGCGCUCCUUCUGGCGGCUGGUCAACCUGCGCUUCCUGGACCUCAGUCAGAACCAUCUGGAAAGCUGCCCGUCGCACUUGUGUGUAAUGAAGAACCUGGAGGUCCUGGCGCUGGAUGAUAAUAAACUACGGCAGUUACCUGCAGGCUUCGGCUCACUUUCAAAAUUGAAGACGCUUGGGUUAACUGGGAAUCAGUUCCUUUCAUUUCCAGAAGAAAUCUUUUCUUUAGAGUCUUUAGAGAAAUUAUACAUUGGGCAAGAUCAGGGAACCAAGCUCACCUAUGUGCCAGAUCACAUUGGGAAACUACAGAAUCUCAAAGAGCUGUAUAUGGAGAACAACUAUCUGGAGUACUUGCCAGUAACCUUGGGGUCAAUGCCUAACCUGGAAAUUCUUGAUUGCCGCCACAAUCUGCUUAAGCAACUUCCACAUUCCAUCUGCCAAGCACAAGCUUUGAAAGAAUUACUGCUGGAGGACAACUUGCUCACCCAACUUCCACAAGAUUUAGACAGUCUGGUGAAUCUAAAGGCUUUGACACUGACGGGCAAUCCCAUGGAAGAACCCCCAAUAGAAGUGUGCACUAAAGGCAAAGAGGCUAUAUUCACAUACCUUAAGGAGGAAAGAUAUAUGAAAGUAUUAGCAACAAAGAUUCAGGCAUGGUGGCGUGGAAUGAUGGUACGGAAAGGAUUGGGGAGAUUUGAAGAACUGGUAAAAUUACGAAAGAAAGGAAAGAAUUCUCCAAAAGAUAAGAAAGGAAAGAAGGACGUAAAAGGAAAACCUGUAAAGGAAAAGAAAAAAUAAUU